AUGUCAAACUUCACGCGCCCUCUCCCUACUCAUCUCCGUAAUCAGUCCAUGGGCGGCUCUCAGCAACAGUCUCCCGUAUUGCUCGCGCGCAUUGCAGAGAAAAAAGCCGAACUAGCGAACCUGAAAGACCUGCAAGCACUAAGUGGAGGACUCGCAGACCAAAUGCAGAUGCUCGCUGAUAAGUUGUCGACUUUAUCAAAUGGAACAGAAGCGGUCGCAGCAGUAUUGUCAAAUUGGCAUAAUGUGCUAAGGGCUAUCAACAUGGCGUCCACAAAACUUCCACAGCCAAAGGAAGAGGAGGACUCGGAAAAGAAGGCAGAGGAUGAGCCGCCGUUGCCACAAACGCUUGUUCGCAUUCCCACACAGCAUGCGCCUGCGGUAAUAGAGCAGGCCAAUGCAGCAACAGCAGAUGAUUGA